CCUCAGAGAGCUUGCUGCCGUUGUCGAGAAGUGUUGGGUGGCUAGCCAUUACACCCUUUCUGCUGACGUCUUUGUGCGCACGUUCAACGUAGACUCGGUGCCGAGUUGAAAUUUUCGUCCCCCAGCCUGGCAUCGGCCUCAAUCGAUACGCUGUCGCCAUGCCGUCACACGCGGACAGCGCAUCGGAGGCGUCGUCGUCUAGAUCGCGCUCAGCAUCGGUAUCAGAUAGCGGCUUGUCGGCACCCGACCACCUGGCGGGAAACCCCGAUUCGAUGGCCACCAGAGAGCUGUCGCUUAAAGGGAAAGAAAAGGCCCGGAUGGUAGAGGCAGCGGAUGUUGACGAGGGUGCCAGCGACGCAGGCAGCUCGAAGCAGGCUGAAGGGGCAGACAGUGAUUCAGGUGUGAAAAAGACAUUCGCCGAUCUGGGAGUGCUACAGCCCAUCUGUGAAGCAUGCGAGGCGAUGAAUUUCAAACAUCCAACUCCGAUUCAGGAGAAAGCGAUACCGGAAGCGCUUGCAGGAAGGGAUGUGAUUGGCCUCGCGCAGACGGGAAGCGGCAAGACGGCAGCGUUCAGCAUUCCGAUCCUACAAGCACUGUGGGACAAUCCGCAACCUCUCUUCGCCUGCGUACUUGCCCCAACUAGAGAACUCGCCUAUCAGAUUUCACAGCAAAUCGAAGGUCUCGGCGCAACCAUUGGUGCACGCUGCGCCACAAUUGUCGGAGGGAUGGACAUGAUGAGCCAAAGUAUUGCUCUUUCGAAGCGGCCACAUGUGGUCGUUGCCACGCCAGGGCGAUUGCAGGACCACUUGGAGAACACCAAGGGAUUUUCGCUGCGCAACCUCAAGUAUCUUGUCAUGGACGAGGCGGAUCGACUGCUCGAUAUGGAUUUUGGCCCAGUGAUCGACAAGCUACUCGAGUCGAUUCCACGCGAACGCAAGACGAUGCUUUUUUCAGCGACCAUGAGCACGAAGGUGUCCAAGCUGCAGCGAGCGAGUCUGCGCAACCCAAUUCGCAUCGAGGUCAGCACCAAGUACCAGACAGUCGAGACGCUGUCGCAAUACUACAUGUUCAUGCCAUUCGAUCGCAAGGAUGUCUACCUGGUGCACUUGGCAAACGAGCAGGCUGGGCAGUCGGUGCUCGUUUUCACCCGUACAGUCCACGACGCGCAGCGUAUAGCCAUCAUGCUGCGUAUGCUCGGCUUCCCGGCGAUUCCGCUGCAUGGCCAAAUGUCGCAAUCGGCCCGGCUGGGCGCCCUAUCGAAAUUCAAAGCGGGCGGGCGCCGGAUCCUCAUUGCUACAGACGUUGCGUCGCGUGGGCUUGACAUUCCCGCCGUUGACCUGGUUGUCAACUAUGACAUUCCAACACACUCGAAAGACUACAUCCAUCGUGUGGGUAGAACAGCGCGCGCGGGCCGCUCGGGUCGCUCCGUCACGCUGGUCACACAGUACGAUGUCGAGCUGCUGCAGCGCAUUGAGGCGGUGAUCGGCAAGAAGCUGUCGCUUUUCCCAGGAGGAAAUGACACGGAGGCCAUCAUGAUGCUCAGCGAGCGAGUCGGAGAGGCGCAGCGUGCCGCCAGGCAGGAGAUCAGGGAGAAUGGCUACGGGGGUGCAGGCGGCGCUGGCCGGCGGAAGAGAAAGAUGGAGAGUGAGCGGGAUGCGAUGGACCGCGAUGAUGAUGGUGGAGACAAUGGAAUGCACUACGCGGCUCGCAGAGGCGGCGGUGGCGGUAGCCGUGGCGGUGGGGGCAACAAGCGCAAGCUGAGCCACAAGGGACGUUGAUUGGGCUCAGCGGAAGGACCUGUGCCUUAGACGAGCAACAUUGGCCUUGUCAUCUGUAUUUUGGGACAGGAA